CCAGGAAGUGCGCUCACCGCUGACGUCAGCGCGCUUCCUCUUUAGCGUGUGACUGCUUCCGUGUUGACCCACGUUUCUCUCUCUGCUGUAAGCCUCGUCCCAAACUGCUAUAAAACACAACCUCACAUCCCCAGAAUGAGGCCGUUAACAGAGGAGGAGACGAAAACGAUGUUCGAGAAGCUGUCGAAAUACAUCGGCGAGAACAUCAAACUCCUGGUGGACCGACCGGACGGAUCCUACUGCUUCAGGCUGCACAACGAUCGCGUAUAUUACAUGAGUGAGAAAAUUCUCAAACUGGCCACGAACAUUUCACGAGACAAGCUGGUAUCGGUGGGAACAUGUUUUGGAAAGUUUACGAAGACCGGAAAGUUUCGGCUCCACAUCACAGCUCUGGAUUUCCUGGCGCCCUAUGCAAAGUUCAAGGUGUGGGUCAAACCUGGAGCAGAGCAGUCUUUCCUCUACGGGAACCAUCUGCUGAAAUCCGGCCUCGGGAGAAUCACGGAAAACACGAACCAGUACCAGGGAGUUGUUGUUUACUCCAUGGCAGACGUGCCUCUGGGUUUUGGAGUGGCGGCCAAGUCGACCCAGGAAUGUCGGCGAGUGGACCCCAUGUCCAUUGUUGUGUUCCACCAGGCUGACGUGGGAGAGUUCAUCAGGAGUGAAGACACUUUAACAUAAACAUGUUGAAAAGACGGGACCUUUGAAUCUCUGCCCAGAUUAUCAUCCUCAGUGACUCACCUGGAGCGGCUCCUCACUGGUGUGGUUAGUGUCUGAAGAGCAGCUGAUCCAACCGCAGCUCAAAGACUGACUCACUUUGAUACCUUCAGACACAUCUGCAGUGAUAUUGGCAUGUUUCUGUGAAUUCUAAUAAAUCCGUGAUGUCUUUGUA